GUUAUUAAUGUUAAGGGAGCAUUAGAUGUCAAAAGAAUAAACGAUGAAGACUUUUAUAAAACUAUUGAUGAUCAUAUUUGGAAUAAGUUACAUCAAAAUUCCAGUCGGUUGACAAUCGAAGAUGAUGUUUUUUUCGAAACACUAAACAUCCAAAACUUAGCUGGAGCUAACUUCAACAACUACAUCGACAACUUAAUAUUCAAAAAUGACACACAAAUGAAACUUGAAGGCUCCCUUCAUUUCAAAAAUGGCCUAAUCGUGGAUAAAUUAAUUGAAACUUUGACUCUGAAUCAUAUUGCAUUGGAAAAUAUUCUUAGAAAAACUGGAAAUCAAACUAUUGCUGGCCUAAUUACAAUUGCAGGCAAUGUUAACAUUGAAGAUGAUGUUACAAUUAAAGAAACUAUUAAUAGAGUUGAAAUAACUUACAUGUUGGAGAACUUUGAGUUGGGUGAAGAAACCUUAUUGGUAAAAGGCGAAGUACUAUUCAAUCGAUUAUCUUACAUCCAAAACCUCACUAUUAACGGUUUAAUAAAUGGACAAAACUUCAGUAAACUGAAAAAUCAAUUUGCCUAUAAAGAUCAGGACAUUCAUCUAAUGAAAAAUAUUACAUUCAACAAUACAGUUCAAAUUAAAGGCAAUUUAUGGGUGAAGAAAGACAUAAAUGGCAUAGUUUUGUCAGAUUUUGUCCCAAGGGUAGUUUGGCUUACGAAAGAUGCUGAAAUAAAGGGACCAAUUAGAUUUGUUCAACCUGUAGAGUGCUAUAAAUAUUUAAAGGUUGAAAAUGAAUUGAGUACUGCAUUAUUUCUUGGUAAAAACUUGCAGGAUGUUAUCAAUGAAGGUGUAUUUAUUGAUAGAGGUUUGCUUAAAGGCUCUUUCCAAUUUGAAACCAUAACAAUUCAUGAAGAUUUAAAAACAAAAUUCAUUAACUCUUUGGAUAUGGAUACUCUUGUAUACUUGAAGACACCUCAGCAAUUGAAUGAGCUUGAUAUUGCUGAAAUGUCAGUGGCUAAUGAUUUUAAUGUAGGUAACAAUGUAAAUGAAGUAAAUUUGAUGGUUGAAAGGGAUAGGACUUUAUUGAGCAAUGUUGAACAAUAUGUUCCAUCAGAAAUAGUAUUUUUGAAAAACGUUAUAGUCGAAGAGAAAUUAAUUGCUAAAUUGAUAAAUAAGAAACCAACAUCGAAAAUCGUAACAACAAAUACUGAGCAAAAUUUAACAGCUUUGUACAAUUUUAAUUCGAAAACUUGGUCACAUGGAAACAUAACAGUUGAUGGUCUAAUUAAUGAAAUUAAUCUAACAUCAUGGAAAGGAAACAUUAUUUCAUCUAAUUCAGAAGAAAUGUUGCAUAUAAAACAAAAAUGGCAUGUAAAAGAGAAUCUCAAUUUGGCUAGGCCCCUUAAGGGACAAGAACUUAUUAACGGUAUAAAUAUGAGGCAACUUGCUAGAAAUAUCCAAGAAAGGGAGCUUUACUUAUGUGAUAUUGAAACAAAAAUUAUAAACGAUUUUUCAAAUAUUUGCAAAGACAUAACUUACCUCUACAAACACGCAAAACACCAAAUCUACAAAUUCAAAUAUUUCGAAGAACUAGAAACAUUAAGGCUCCCAAAUCAGAUACACUUUGUAAAACAUUUCCAAUUUAAUUCAAGAAACUAUUUGUUAAUCAACGAAAAACAAAGUUGCUUUUCCAAAUUGAUGGAAUUCAAUGGCCGAGAAGGAUUUUUGGAAUUGAACUCCUUGCAGACAGGAGUGAUUGAUCAAAUUGAAAUUCUGAACGACAAAGAAGUGUUUUUGAUGGUCACACGAGGAUCGGAAGAUGAUAAUUUGAGUUGCAAUAUUAGAUUUUCGACGGUUGUAUGGAGAUUUAAUAAAGAGGAAGAAUUAGAGAUUGUUGCAACGCACGAAUCCCAAGAAUUACUCCAUAAACAGCCCAAUAUUCCGAACGUAUUUUAUGGGCUAAAAAAUCAAGUGGUAACAGAGUUUAAGAUAAAUGUGUCAAAAGAACCAGCAUUAUUGCAAAAGUACAAAAAAUGGAACAUCAAUGAAGAUAAUGCCCGUUUUAUUCCAUUCGGUAAUGAACUAACAUUAGCAACCGAUAAAACAUUAUUUUUCCUUGGCGAUUUCGAGAAUAUUGCUGACGAAAAAGUUGAUAUAAAUAUUGAAGCAACUAUUGUAAGUAAUUUCACCAAAAAAUCCAAUAAUGUUAUUCCUAGAAGAGGAGAUGGAGAAAUCGCUGUAGUCAGUGUUGGAGUGAAUAAGAAAAAAAUGCUGGCCCUAGCUGGUCAUAAGGAAAGCCAAGUAGAGCACCGACUUGAUGUUUUAGAGAUAUACUCCAACCCAUUUACAGCUGAAGUAUUUGAUAAACUAUCAACCUACAGGCCUUUAGGAUUAACCUCAAUCGACUUCAACAACGGAGAAACCCUUUUAGCAUUCAUGGAAAACAGAAAAAUCCUACAGAUCUACGAAUAUAAAGGCAUCGAGGGCUUCAAGCAUAGAUCCUCAAUAAAAAUUCAAGCCGAUCAGAUAGUUCACAUGGAUUUGGGCUUCGAAAAUGUCUUAGGGUUGAUUUAUAAAAACAAAAUUACAUUCUUGCAAGCCGUUAUGGCUGGAAACAGGCUUGAUGGGGAUGAUUUAAAUUGUGAAAAUUAAUGUAUUGUUAUAUAUAUUUUAAAUAUAUGUUUAUUUAUUGUUUGAAAAAUUA